UCAGAACAUUAAAACCUAAAAUCAUGGAAGUGGGAUUAAAGUCCAAAGUCCAACAACAAUCACCCGGUUUGAGAAUAAUGUUUAAACCUUUGAACUUUCUAUGGGACCCGACCAUAAAAAAAUGGUGUAUAGCGAUAGUGGAACCCAGAAUUUGUUGGGUCCCAAAGACCCACAUCCCUCAGAAUUGUUAUACACCUUGUCGAUCAGCAAGCAAAACUACUGGUUGUACAAAUUAUCUUCAAGCAGAAUUCUUUUAUAAAUCACAUGCUAGCGGUGGUUCUUUCUGCUGAACAUUUAUUAUUUCUUGGAACAGACAAUUUCUUGCUCUUCUUAAUUCUCCCAUUCUUUAGUAUAAUACCCAUUUGACCAAUAGUACAUCUUUACACGCUUAGAAGAAAACAAAAAUAAUAAUAAUAAUAAUUAAAAAGGAAAAAUAAUUCUUCACCUCCAAAGUCUGAAAAUUUCACUGUUUAGUUUUUCUUUCUGUUAGGUUCUUAGUCUUUGCUCUCUCUUUCUUUAAGUCAAGUUUGAGUGUGUAUACAUUGAGAAAUACUUCUCAUUCUUGAAAACCCAUUAUUUAUUUUGGAUUUUGAAGUCAGAUCUCUUAGUCCAUUGUCAUAUCUCUUGUUUCAGUUUGAAUAGGGUUGCCUAGUUUGCGGUUUGAUGGGGAUUCUUGGGUUGAGGGUACAUGUGAGAUUGAUUGAACGUUUACCAUUUGAGUGAAAGUUGGCUGAUUGAAGGUUUACCAUUUGAAUGAGAGUUGGUUUUGUGUGUCUUUAAGUCUUUGAUAUUGUUGGUUCAUGAGCUGUGGAUUUGGAUAAAUUGCUGUUUCCACAAAGAAGAAAGAGGAAAAAGCUGAGUCUGGGAAAUGAGGUUUUGCGGAUGGACAUAAUUUUUGGUUGAAAGCUUUCAAGGUUAAUAUAAGAAGAAAAUGGAGGUUGAGGAAAAACGUUCAAAAGGAGGCUUUCUUAACCUGUUUGAUUGGCAUGGAAAGUCCAGAAAGAAGCUCUUCCCGAAUACUUCAAAUGAGUUACCUGGAUCCAAGCCAGAAAAGGAAAAUGCAGAGAGUUUUUCAGAGUUACCGCGAUUCAGGGCAGAGGUGGAUGAGAAUGAAGCAAGUUCGAGUAAUAAAGAAAGUAGGGAUUUGAGUUGUUCUUCAUUGGCUGGUAGUGAUGAGGGAUGUGGGACUAGAGCCCCUGGGGUAGUUGCUAGACUGAUGGGUUUGGAUUCCUUGCCAACUUUGAAUGUUGGUGAGUCCUCUUCUCCUCCAGUUUCUGAUUCAUGCUCUUUUAGAACAUCUCAUCAUCAUGGGGUAAAUCACACUGGUAGUGAUUUUUAUUCCACGGAGUGUGUGAAUAUGCCCAACAAGCUGGAAAGGUUACCUAGAAAUCCUGUUCCAUCUAGACCACAGAGGAUGCAGAACAGGCAAAUGGAGAGAUUUCAAACUGAAGUUCUGCCUCCGAAAUCAGCUAAAUCAAUUCCAAUCACUCGCCACAAGCUGUUGUCACCUAUUAAAAAUCCUGGGUUCACCCCAGCAAAGAAUGUGGCUUACGUUAUGGAGGUAGCUGCAAAGAUAAUUGAGGCGAGUCCUCCGGCAUCUGCCAAGUGCAAAGUUCCGGGUGUUGGGCCUUCAUUUCCCUUGAGAAUUCGUGAUAUUCGAGAAAAGGUGGAAACUUCACAUAAAGCCUCCAGGCCUGGAAGAACCAAGGAAGGUAGUGCUCUUAAAUAUUCAAUAGGACCUUCUAAUGACAAGGGCCCUAAAGGUUCAGAUUAUUUACCAGUAAACCAGGCUUUUGUUGGUUUGGAAAAAGGAAAUUUCAACAAUAUGAGAAAUAAGGGAAAGCCGGAAUCAGUAGCAGUGCAAGCAAAUGUCAGUGUUCAAAGAAGGGAGGGACUGGCUUCUUCUGGUAACAGAAGUUCUGUGAAGCAUAAGGAACAGAAUGAGGUCAAAUCAAACCAGUUCUCCAAGUGCCAGCAAAGUGCACAAAGACCUGUGCAGAAAAGAACAUCUUCAGGCAGCUGUAGUAAUGUCCUCAGGCAGAACAAUCAGAAGCAGAAUGGUGUAAUUAACAAAGACAAAUUAGCUUCAAAGACUUUGAUUCCCCAUCAGCCAGUGGGAAGAACAAGGUCUCAGGAUGACUGUAUUGGGCAGAAUAAGACAGUUAACAAGGCUGUUAUGAAGUCCAAAAUCGGCUGCAAACAGAUGGGUCCAGCAUCAACUACCACCGAAAAGGAUGUAUCAUUUUCCACAGUUAAGAGUGUCUCUCGGAAGAAAAGGCUUGCUCAGCAUGAUGUUCAUUUAGAAGAAACAAUUGUUCAUAAUUCAUUGAUGGGUAAAGAAGAAGGUAUAACAAAAUGUAAUGUUGCAAUGGAUGGUUGCACCAGUAUGGGUGCAGAUAACAAGAAGCAAGGAAUGGAUGUGAUUUCGUUUACAUUCACAUCUCCCCUGAAAAGAUCUGUACGUGAUUCCCAGUCCUCGAAUCAAGUCAUGAGAAUAGGAAACAGCUUUGACAUCAAUUCUUUUGGUGAGAAGAAUCAGGAGCUUUGCUCAGAAAACUUCACAACAUCUUCACCUUCAUUAAAUGUAAUUGGUGGUGAUUCUUUGAGUGUUCUUUUGGAACAAAAGCUUCAGGAACUAACAUGUAAAGUCCAGACAUCUAAAUUGAACAUUGUCAGAGAAGGGAGUUCUCCAUCUGGUUUACUAGAUUCUUCAGGUUCCAGUGCGGUAACCACAAUAUCAAGGAGCAAGCAACUUCAACCAGGCAUACCAAGAGAUAAAUUGGACCACUAUGAUUGCUUGCCAGCAGAUUGUCCAGUGCUUGAUUGGAACCUGGUGUGGCAGGAAUAUGAAGGGAUAGAACAAUGUAGUUGGAGCAGGAGCAGCAACUACAAUGAAACUGGAAAAGAAUUGGAUUGUCAUAGUCUUAGACCAAUAUCAAUUUUUGAACCAUCAUUUAAGAGUGGAAGCUGUGCAGAUAACAAAAGUACUACCAAUGGCAGCAAGAAAUGCAUGCUGGAUGAAGCUCAAACUGAAAUCAAUCUUUUCUCUAGAAAUGAAUUACUAUCAGCGUAUGGCAUGAGAGAGUCAUCUGACUCAGUUUCAUCCACUUCAACAACUGAUGUGGGCGGAAAACAUGGGACUACAAAAUUUGGUUUUGUUGAUCUUAAUAUAUCAAGUAACUGGGAACUGGGAUAUGUGAGGUACAUACUCAGCAACACUGAAUUAGCAUUGGAAGGUUUUGCAUUGGGUAAUACUAAAAAGAUUAUUGCCCCAUAUCUGUUUGAUAUCCUCGAGAAUCAACAAAACAAUAGAAAAAGGAAGGGAGAGGAAUGUCUGGGUCUUCAGAGAAAGGUUUUGUUUGAUUGUAUGAAUGAAAGCCUGCACAUGCGCUGCAGGGCAAUGCGUGUUGGAGAGUGGAGUAGAUGGCCGGAAUUGACUCAGAGUAAGGAUCGAUUAGCAAAAGAACUGUACAAAGAGAUUUUGGGUUGGAAAAGCAUGGGAGAGUUGAUGGUGGAUGAACUUGUGGAGAGGGACAUGAGCUGUCAGUACGGGAAAUGGUUGGACUUUGAAAUUGAGGCAUUUGAGGAGGGCCGAGACAUUGAAAAGGGGAUAUUAACUUCUUUGGUCGAUGAGUUGGUUUCUGACUUGUUGGUAGGUUGAUCCCCUAUAAUGGUUUCUUUCUUCUAGAUUGAGUUCAAACUGUGUGGUAACAUCAGGGUAAAUUCUUCUUGUUUGCUUUUCAUCAUGAUUUUCUUAUUUGGAUAUGAUAUUAAGUUCAUCAUCUUCUU